UAGGUUGGCAGCUUGCAAUGACCCAAGCACAAACGGCUCCCAUUUGUCUUGUGGAAAACCACAAUGAACGGCUGACAGUGAACCCGAAAGCCAUAGAGAUUCUGGACAGGAUUUCUCAGCCAGUGGUGGUCGUGGCUAUUGUUGGAUUGUACCGUACAGGGAAGUCCUAUUUGAUGAACUGUCUGGCGGGACAGAAUCAUGGCUUCCCUGUGGGCUCCACUGUGCAGUCUCAGACCAAGGGCAUCUGGAUGUGGUGUGUGCCACACCCCACCAAGCCAGAGCACACCCUGGUCCUCCUGGACACUGAGGGCCUGGGGGAUGUGGAAAAGGGUGAUCCCAAGAAUGACUCCUGGAUCUUUGCCCUCAGUGUGCUUCUGAGCAGCACCUUCAUCUACAACAGCAUGCACACCAUCAACCACCAGGCCCUGGAGCAGCUGUAUUAUGUCACAGAACUCACUGAGCUGAUCAGAGCAAAGUCUUCCUCAAAUCCUGAUGGAAUAAAGAAUUCCACAGAGUUUGUGAGUUUCUUUCCAGACUUUGUGUGGACUGUUCGGGAUUUCAUGCUGGAGCUGAAGUUAAAUGGGGAAAAAGUCACAAGUGAUGAGUAUCUAGAGAAUGCCCUGAAGCUGAUCUCAGGAGACCAUCCCAGAAUCCAAGCAUCCAAUUUGCCCAGGGAAUGCAUCAGAUGUUUCUUUCCUAAGCGGAAGUGUUUUGUCUUUGACCGGCCAACGCAUGACAAAGAACUCUUACAAAAACUUGAGACUGUCUCAGAAGACCAACUGGAUCCUAAGUUUUGGGAGGGAACAAAAGCUUUUGUUUCUUACAUCUUCACUUAUGCCAAGAUCAAGACCCUCAGAGAGGGAAUUAAGGUCACAGGGAAUCGUCUGGGGACUCUGGUGACAACCUACGUGGGUGCCAUCAACAGUGGAGCGGUGCCUUGUCUGGAUGAUGCGGUGACAACUCUGGCCCAGUGUGAGAACUCAGCAGCUGUGCAGAAGGCAGCCGACCACUACAGUGAGCAGAUGGCUCAGCGACUGAGGCUUCCCACAGACACGCUCCAGGAGUUGCUGGAUGUGCACACAGCCUGUGAGAAGGAAGCCAUUGCUGUCUUCCUGGAGCACUCCUUCAAGGACGAAAAUCAGCAGUUCUUGAGGAGGCUGGUGGAAUUAAUAGAUGAGAAGAAAGGGAUUUCCCUGUUGAAGAAUGAAGAGGCUUCGGAUAAAUACUGCAAGGAAGAACUGGAUCGGCUUUCAAAGGAUUUUAUGGAAAAUAUCACAUCAUUGUCUGUUCCUGGGGGACACAGGCUCUACAUGGACAUGAGGGAGAAGCUUGAGCACGACUACUGGCAGAUUCCCCGGAAAGGGGUGAAGGCAAGCGAAGUCUUCCAGAGCUUUCUGCAGUCACAGACCAUCAUUGAGAGUUCCAUCCUGCAGGCAGAUACAGCCCUCACUGCUGGGGAGAAGGCCAUUGCAGAGGAGCGAGCCCAGAAGGAGGCAGCUGAGAAGGAGCUGGAGCUGCUAAGACAGAAGCAGAAGGAGCAGCAGCAGUUGAUGGAGGCUCAGGAGAAAAGUCUUAAGGAAAACCUAGAACAAAUAAGAAAGAAGCUGGAGCAGGCAAGAGAGCAGCUCACCAAAGACCUUAACAUGAUGCUGAAGAAGCAGCUGCAGGAUCAAAAGGCUUUCCUUGAGGAAGGAUUUAAGAAGAAAGCUGAAAAAAAGAAUAAAGAGAUACAGCGACUGAGACAGAACAUCGAGGAUAUGAAACAAAAUAGUCCUUCCACUGUGGAACAAAUCGCAAAAGGAGUUACUAUAGGACUUGGUACACUUCUUUCCAUAGCUGCAGCAGUGCUCCUGAGGACAAAAUAG